UUUUACCAUGCCUCCACCUUCUUCUGGUGGCGUUGGCCUGAUAAUGGUUUUGAAUGUACUUGCUCAAUAUGGUAGUGCUGAAGCCCUUUCUGGAACCCUUGGACUUCAUCGAUUGGUUGAAGCGAUGAAGCAUAUGUACGCAGAGAGAACCAAUCUAGGUGACCCAGACUUUGUGAAUGUUGAACCUGUUAUAUCUCAAAUGCUUUCCCUCAAGUUUGCAAGAGAGGUGAAGAAUAGAAUAAAUGAUAGCACAACUCAUGACCCCAAUUUCUAUCUUGAAAGGUAUAACCAAACCAUAGACCAUGGCACGAGUCACAUGAGCGUGGUUGAUAGUGAGAGAAAUGCAGUUGGCUUGACGAGCACUGUUAAUAAUUUCUUUGGAGCAUGGUUUCGGUCUCGAAGAACAGGCAUGAUACUCAACAAUCAGAUGGAUGAUUUUUCCAUCCCUUCAAAUACUACUUCAAAUACCACCAUGCCUCCGGCUCCUGCAAACUUUAUCGUGCCACACAAAAGGCCCUUAUCCUCCACAAUGCCCACCAUAAUCCUCAAGAAUGGGCAACUUAACGCUGUGAUUGGUGCAAGUGGAGGACCAAGAAUUAUUCCUGCAAACAUACAGGUCUUUUUGAAUCAUUUCGUUCAUAACAUGGACCCCUUUUCUGCGAUUUUGGCACCUCGAGUCUACCAUAGGCUCAUACCUAACUUUGUGGAAUACGAGAAAUGGGACACAGUGAGUGGGGAUCACAUUGAGGUGAGCCUUCGCGAUAGGUUAGGGCUAGCAAGGAAGGGUCACAAGCUUCAAGCCUUAGCAUUUGGGGCCAAAUGCCAAUUUGUGGUUCAGCACCUCCCCAUCAUGGCAAAGGGAAAGAGCAUUAUUAUGGGGAAUCUUACCGCCGUAAGUGACCCACGAAAGGGAGGUUUCCCUGCCGGUUACUGA